CACCCCGGAGCGGCCUCGCAGGACCCGCAGAGCAGCCCCGCCGCGGUGACGGUUCCGACGCCCCCGCCCCAUCCGGAGGCGGCCCGAAGUGUCGCCGGCCUCCUCCCGGCCCGGCCUCCGGGGCUCCCGCGCGAUCACGACGCCCUGGGGCUCAGGAGCCGUUUUCCGGUGUUUCGCUUUCUGCUGGCGCGGAGGAGGCGGAGGAGGCGGAGGCCGCGGCGCCGCGAGGACCAGGCCGGGCGCAGCUGCAGCCCCGGGGCUGCCUCCCUGGCCUCCGCGCAGGCGGGAAACGGCGUUCCGGGGGCCGGGGGGGGGCCUCGCAGCGGGCGGCGCGUCCCGCACUGGCGAUGGCGGGGCUCUGGCUGGGGCUGGAGGGGCAGAAGCUGCUGCUGUGGGGCGCGGCGAGCGUCGUGUCCCUGGCCGGCGCCAGCCUGGUCCUGAGCCUGCUGCACUGGGCGGCGAGCUACGCGCGGAAGUGGCGGCAGAUGCGGCACAUUCCCACUGUGGCCCGCGCCUACCCGCUGCUGGGCCACGCGCUGCUGAUGAAGCGGGACGGGCGAGAAUUUUUUCAGCAGAUAAUUCAGUACACAGAAGAAUACCGCCACAUGCCACUGCUGAAGCUCUGGGUUGGGCCAGUACCAAUGGUGGCCCUUUACAGGGCAGAGAAUGUGGAGGUAAUUUUGACUAGUUCAAAGCAAAUUGACAAAUCCUCUAUGUACAAGUUUCUAGAACCAUGGCUUGGCCUAGGACUUCUUACAAGUACUGGGAACAAAUGGCGCUCCAGGAGAAAGAUGUUAACACCCGCUUUCCAUUUUACCAUUCUGGAAGAUUUCUUAGAUAUCAUGAAUGAACAAGCAAAUAUAUUGGUUAAGAAACUUGAAAAACAUGUGAACCAAGAAGCAUUUAACUGCUUUUUCUACGUCACUCUUUGUGCCUUAGAUGUCAUCUGUGAAACAGCUAUGGGGAAGAAUAUCGGUGCUCAAAGUAAUGAUGAUUCCAAGUACGUCCGUGCGGUUUAUAGGAUGAGUGAGAUGAUAUUUCGAAGAAUCAAGAUGCCCUGGCUUUGGCUUGACCUCUGGUACCUUAUGUUUAAAGAAGGAUGGGAACACAGAAAGAGCCUUAAGAUCCUACAUACCUUUACCAAUGAUGUCAUCGCUGAACGGGCCAAUGAAAUGACGGCAGAUGGCGAGUGUGGAGGUGAUGGCACGGGCUCUGUCCACCCCAAAAACAAACGCAGGGCUUUUCUCGACUUGCUUUUAAGUGUGACUGAUGAUGAAGGGAACAGGCUGAGUCAUGAAGAUAUUCGAGAAGAAGUUGACACCUUCAUGUUUGAGGGCCACGAUACAACUGCGGCUGCAAUAAACUGGUCCUUAUACCUUUUGGGUUCUAACCCAGAAGUCCAGAAAAAAGUGGACCAUGAGUUGGAUGACGUCUUUGGGAAUUCUCUCCGUCCUGCUACCAUAGAAGACCUGAAGAAACUUCGGUAUCUGGAAUGUGUUAUUAAGGAGACCCUUCGCCUUUUUCCUUCUGUUCCCUUAUUUGCCCGUAGUCUUAGUGAAGAUUGUGAAGUGGCGGGUUACCGAGUUCUGAAAGGCACGGAGGCCGUCAUCAUUCCAUAUGCGUUGCACCGAGAUCCAAGAUACUUCCCCAAUCCCGAGGAGUUCCAGCCCGAGCGGUUCUUCCCUGAGAAUGCCAAAGGGCGCCAUCCAUACGCCUAUGUGCCCUUCUCUGCUGGACCCAGGAACUGUAUAGUCUGCCAGGUACUACUCAGGGAACUGAGGAAAGACAGCAAACAAGCCCAGUCCUCCCAGCAAGGUGUUACAGACAGAGGACAUCAGAAAAACAACAGAAAUGGUCAAGGAGGUAACAGAACGGCAGGGGGUGAGAAGCACUGAGCAGAAAGACAAAGAAUAGUAAGGAGACGGGAGGUGGAAGAGAUGGAAGGUCCUUUUCAGAUGAGCUGCUUGCGGGAGGAUGGCAUCCGGAAAAGAUGAUGUUUGCAGGAGGUGGAAGAGAUGGAAGGUCCUUUUCAGAUGAGAUGCUUGCGAGAGGAUGGCAUCCGGAAAAGAUGAUGUUUGCAGGAGGUGGAAGAGAUGGAAGGUCCUUUUCAGAUGAGCUGCUUGCGGGAGGAUGGCAUCCUGAAAAGAUGAUGUUUGCAGGAGGUGGAAGAGAUGGAAGGUCCUUUUCGGAUGAGAUGCUUGCGAGAGGAUGGCAUCCGGAAAAGAUGAUGUUUGCAGGAGGUGGAAGAGAUGGAAGGUCCUUUUCAGAUGAUGUUUGCAGGAGGUGGAAGAGAUGGAAGGUCCUUUUCAGAUGAGCUGCUUGCGAGAGGAUGGCAUCCAGAAAAGAUGAUGUUUGAGCACUGGUGUGACUGAAGCGAGUCACGUGGGAAUCUAGGACAAGGGGAGGUGGAGAGUCAUCCUGGAAAGUGUCUCAGGGGAGGCUCUGGAGAAAAGCCCUCUUUGAAGCACAUGCAAUUUUUUGGAAUAGUCAGUGCUUUGGGAUUGUAGAAGUGAAGUCGCCAUGUUCUUUUUGGCUUUUGUCCCCAUGGCCCACCUGAAAGCCGGCACUGGAGCACUUCCCUGCUGCCAGUCCCUCUCACACUCUGAACCUCUCUGACUUCUCAUGCUGACAGCAAAGGAGAACUCUGCCUCUAAUGGGCUCGUAGGAUGGGAGUCAGCCCACCCUGAUCGUCUCCAUUUUGAUUAGCACAAAGUCAGCUGCUUAGUAAUCUCAACCCCAUCAGCAGAAUUGCUUUUCUCAUGUAACGUAAUCGUGGGAAGAUGUGAUAUCUCAUUUUGUUCACUGUCCCCAGGAUUUGAGUGGAAGAUUUGGGAGAACAUUUUAGAAUUCUACCUACCAUGCCUCUUUUCAGCUUAAUUCUGAUUUGGUUCACCUGGAUCUACAGAGGUUUUUAAGGUUUUUUUUAAAUUUUUUUAGACAGAGUUUUGCUCUUGUCACCCAGGCUGGAGUGCAAUGGCCUGAUCCUGGCUCACCACAACCUCCACUUCCCAAGUUUAAAUGCUUCUUCUGUCUCAGCCUCCUGAGUAGCUGGGAUUUCAGGUGCAUGCCAUCAUGCCCAGCUAAUUUUGUAUUUUUAGUAAACAAGGGGUUUCUCCAUGUUGGCCAAGCUGGUCAUGAACUCCCAACCUCAGGUUAUCCACCUGCCUCAGCCUCCCAAAGUGCUGGGAUUACAGGCGUGAGCCACCACGCCCAGCUGGUUUUUUAGUUUUACGUAUUACUAGAAUGUAACAUGUUUCACUGUGAGAAAACUUCAAACUAAACACAGAAGCACAUUUAAAUAGGUUAAAAGUCUGUAAUCUCACCUUUUAGGGAAAUAAAUCCCCAAGGGUUUCCACUGUGAUUUGAAGGCAGGGCACUUUUGUCCCACUUGUCCUUUUUUCUGCUGAGCCUGGUAGCAGAUGAAAUCUCAAAUUUGAAUUGUUUCAUAUUGCACACAGUAGACAGUGCUGUUGCCUGCUGCUGUACCAUUCGAUAUCCUAAAUCUACAAGACAGCACAACAUGCAUAUUUAAAAUACGCAUUUUACUUCAUUCUCGCCAGAAAAUAUUUUAUUGGCAACAUUGUCCUACAUUUCUAAUAAAUACAGUUUUGCAUUCCAGUAAUAUACAUAAAAUAUUUACUCAAGAAUAAACUCCCCAAAGGUCUAACUUACUGAUCAAGAUGAUAUACUGUAAUUUCAAGGAACAGAAAACAAAGAUUUAGUGGGCAAGUCAUUAUGGUCCUUAAAUAUUUUAAAAGCAGAAAAAAGAGAAAAAAUUAUUUUGUGUGGGUCUAGUACGUAAAUCUAGGACUGAAGGGUAGACAUUGUAAGGAGGCAUAUUUCAGUAUACAGGGAGUUUUUUCUUAAAAAUAAAAUUAAAAUAGAGCUCCCUGAGUUGGAGCAGGCUGCUUGGAAAACCGGUUUCUCUUCAGUCGAAGUAUUUUAGCAGGAAAGUUUAAAGUCUAUGUCAGAAGUGCUGUCCGGAAGGUUUCAGCCAACCUUAUCUGUAGAGUCAGUAAAUCUUCUUGCCUUUGGAGGCCAUGCUGCUUCUGUAGCAACUUAGCUCCACCAUUGUAAGGUGAAAGCAGCCAUAGAUAGUAAGUGAAUGAAUGGCCAUGGCUGUGUGUCAAUAAAACUUUAUUCACAAAACAAGUAGAAAGCCAAAUGUGGUUGGUCUGUGAACUGUGGUUUGUCAAGCCUGAUAUAUUGCAUUUCCUGAACUGAAUGGGAAUAGGACCUAAACAUCAACCCAGUCCUUCCAAAUCUAAGAUUUCGGUGUGACAUGAUAUCCCUCUAGGAGGAGCUAGCCAUACCCAUUCGUUACUCACUGUGCCUCCAAGCAAGUCUAAUCAAGUUCAGUUAGACGAGGUUUCAACUGCGUGCCACCAAAUAACUGGGAAUGUUAUGAGCACUUUUAAAAAUGGAAACCUGUGCAUAAACUGUGUGACCCUAAAAUGAAAUCAGGCUCUUUUUGAGUACAGCAUUUUUCUAACUUUUUUGAUAUAUCAUUUACAAAUAAAAAUUAUGCAUAUGUCUACUCUGUA